GUCGCGCCAGAGAAGACACAAAUCUUCCAAUAUUCAUUAAAAUAUUGAAAUAAAAAUGUGAAAUAAAGUGAAAUUAAAUUAAAGUCUUUAAAAAUACAUGUUCGUAAACAUUAUAAACUGAAAAUCCCUAUUAAAUAAUUCAAUUUAAAGGAGAAUUCCAUAUGACUUUGACAGUGAAAAUAUUACUGACCACAGACAUAAGCAGAAGGUUUUUGUAACCGUUAUACUCAAAAGUGUUUUAUUUUUCAACAAGAUGGGGAAUAUAUUUUUUUUAAUUUAUAAAUUUUGCCUAAAAGCAUUAUUUACAUUUAAAUGAAACAAAAAUUCCAAACAUAUGCUUUUGUUUGUUGUUUGAAUUUUGAAUAAUAGUUUGUUUUAUAAUAAGUGCAGUUAAAAAGAAAAUUCGUAAGGGAUUAAAGUUAAGCUGCUUUGUGAAGAUAAAAGCUAAUGAAUAUAUUGAUGGAGUUACAAGAAAUCUGGAAGGCUAAAUGGGGGUUUCAGUAAUGACUUGUAAAUCAGAUAUUGCAUCCCUUCGUUUUCUUCGUUGGACAAUUUUAUUCCCAUUAGUAAUUUAUAUGACGCUAUUUUUCAUAAAAUACAAAAAAACAGUUCCUUUAAAAAGCCAACCGCCUACAGAAGAAGUGAAUAACGUGGAGAACCUUUUUUUGGAAUUAGAGUCCGCGACAGUUGGUGAAAAGCUGGAGAAGAAUUUAGCACGAUUUCGCAAUAUGGGAUUAAGUCGAAAAGACAAUGAAAGGAUGAGAGAAGUAGAACGAAUUGAAAAUCAGGAUAAUCCUCGAAUUAUUCUUGAAGACAUUUUCCAUCGGGCUGACACAGAUGAGGAUGAGACACUGGAUAUUCAGGAAUUAGCAAAAUGGAUUCAUGCUAAAAUUACUGAUCACAUUGAUCGUGCCAUGAGAGAAAACAUAGGACUUUUCACAGCUAUCGACAAUAAUCCUCGAAAUGGCGAAAUAUCGUGGGAGGAAUACCACGCUCAUUUUUUAAGAUCACAUGGUCUUUCUGAAAGUUAUAUUACUUCACAUAAUAAAAAACAUUCAGAAUUGUCAAGACAAUUAAAGGAAAUAAUAAUGAGAGAUAGAGCAAGAUGGUCCGAGGUGGCAGCAACAGAUCCCGAAAAAUUGUCACUUGACGAAUUUUUGGCAUUCACACAUCCAGAAAGUAGUCAUAGAGCUCUCUUGCAGAUGGUUGAGGAUUUAUUCGAAAAAUUUGAUCGUGAUGGCGAUGAACAGCUGACAGAGGAUGAAUUUGCAGAUUUGCCUUCAGAUGGAAUGGGACUCGAUCUUCGAGAGGAACCGCUUCAACCAGUUGGUGGAAGUGAAGAAAGAAGGAAAGAAUUUAGGCAUCUCAUUGAUAAGAAUAAAGAUGGAAAGGCUGAUCGAACAGAAUUAUUGAUGUAUAUUGAUCCUCGAAAUCCUAGACAUGCAAUUCAGGAAGCCCAGCAUUUGAUAGACCUCUCAGAUUUGAAUCACGAUGGUAAAUUGAAUCUUUCAGAAAUCCUCAGUAAAACGGACUUGUUCCUAGGAAGCAAAAUGGUCGACACUGAAAGAAGUUUUCACGAUGAGUUUUGAUAAUUAUUUUCCAUGAGGUUAUCUUUUUCUAAUUAUUGAUCGUGGUUUAUUUCUUCAAAUUGCAUUUUCUAGAAUAAAUCUAAUGGCAAAAAUUAUUAGGGAACAAUAUCAAAACUAUCUCAGUUUGUACUAUGCACAGACCUGAUCUUUGAAUAGUUUGUAAGAUUAAAGAAUUUGAUAAUUGUUUACUUUGAUGACUUUCCGAAUUUUCAAGUACAUUUUUAGAAACAUUGUAUCAAAUCUUUUUCCUAUCCGAAAAGAAAAAUAUUAUCGGAAGUGAUGAAAAAGGUUUCAUAGUUUCCCCAAAAAACCCGAAAAACCCCAAAUUAAAAAACUAGAAGAAAUUACGUUUCUAACUAAUUCUAUUACUAUAUAAUAUAUAAUAUAUAAUUCUAACUAACUGUAUUCUAGUUCUGUUAAAACCACGUAUACCGACGUAUUUUGAGGUGCUGAUUACGAAUACAAUCUCGAGAAUAUUUGCAAUCUGCUGUGUAGAAAAUUAUCCAGAAAUUGUUCAGCAAAUGUGGCGCGGACAAUACGUGCUGUUAUGUCUGAGUAGAAGUGAAAUUUUUUUGGAUAGUUAAAUACUAGUCUGGACAAGUUAAUUUAGCGCUGAGCAAUCGGUUUUGUCAGAAUAUAUUGGGGAUAGUUGACUCUGGUACUUUUAAGCAUGCUGACCAUUUCUUUAAAUGUAUAUAUGAAAAUGUAUUUAAUUUAUUUAAUGUAUUUAUUUAAUGUACUGAAUUUUUCAAUUUAAUUUUUUAGAGUAUGUAAUUUAAAUGUAUAUAUGUAUGAUACUUGGAAAAUUUGUUGGUCAUGACGGGCUAGCCAUGACCAGAUUAGGACCCGAAAUGAUCGCCUAGAUAUUGCCACAAGUAAAGCAAGUCUGACCAGAUAAUUUUCUACACGGUUUACAUUUUUAAGGUUAAUUUGAAAUAAUAGUUAUCCAUGUUAAAAAUAGUCCCCUUUCUAUUUUCCGGCUAAAAAGAUUACCAUUUCUAAUAAAAAAAACUUUAUCAACAUUCAUAAUUAAUUAAUGAAUCAAAAGCAUAUUAUACUUUUAAUGUUAAUUAUAUAUUAAUAUUUAAUUUGUAUUUUUAAAAAUAUUCAUCAACUGUAUGAUAUUUAUAUCAAUUAACAACUAGUAAAACUAUUCAAAAUAAUUCAAAUCUAUUAACAAUUAACAUUAAUGAAAUCUUAGAUCGAUGCACAUUUCUAUUAAUAGAUUACAUUCCUUCUUAUAUAGUGUCGCUCUGAAAUUUUAUUUGAUAAAAUACUUUAAUAACAAAAAAUAUUUUUUAAUAAUUUUGUAUUUUUUGGGCAAAAAUACU